GCACCGUUUCAAUCCGUUGUUAACACCGCUGCCCUACAGAAGAUAACUGAGCGUUUCCGCAUUAAAACUCAUACAAAGCCCGAGGAGGCCUUUUUUAUUUUUUGUCUGCCAACGACCUUUCUUCAACUCGAGAACUUGUACGUUAUACUUUGAAAUCAUGGAGCUCCCCAACAUACAAGAUUUCGAAGCAUCCAAAUUAGGCACUAAGUCAUAUUGGGAUACAGUAUACGAUCGUGAGAAUGACAAUUUUAAAGAAAUAGGCGAUAUUGGAGAGAUCUGGUUUGGCGAGGAAAGUGUGGAGAAGAUGGUCGAAUGGGUAACCGAACAAGCCACCGAUCCUGACACUAGCAUUAUCGACCUUGGCUGUGGCAACGGACAUCUCCUUUUAGAAUUAAGCCAAGAAGGUUAUAGAAACCUUCAUGGUAUUGAUUACUCUGAAUCAGCCAUCAAAUUAGCAAAAGCAGUGGCAAAAGAACGAGGUUUAGAUUGGAUUCGUUACGAUGCUGUCGAUUUCUUAACCAACCCCAACUGGGCUGGAUCGAUGAAAUAUAAAUUAAUUUUAGAUAAAGGAACAUAUGACGCCAUCUCUUUACAUCCUGAUCAAGUAACAGCAAAAAAGGAAGGCCUGCCAGGACCAAGAGAAAAAUAUGUGGAAUCAGUACGUCAGUUGAUAGAUCCUAAGGAUGGGUACUUUCUGAUUUCAAGUUGUAAUUGGACGAAGGAAGAAUUAAUCGAGAACUUCAAGCAAUGUAAGUCAUAUCUUGGAUAUGCCCUUUUUAAAUACAACCAGAAAUUAACCACACUUUUCAUACGUUAUAUAGACUUCACCUUUCACUCCAAUGUAGAAUAUCCAGUUUUCGAAUUUGGAGGUCAUUCUGGCUCAAAAAUUGUCACUGUAGCCUUUACCCUCAAUCAAUAAACUCUCAAGCGGCAAUCAUGUUGUUUGUUAUGCCUAAGGAUGAAUAAUUUGCCACUUUCAAAAUGCUGUGCAUGUUGCCGUGGUUUUUUGUCUGUUUGUUAUCCAUAAUCGACCCACUUUCUGAGCUUCAAUGGGAAAAUGUGCAGCGAUCUUUUUUUUUUUUUUUUAGAAUUUUUACGAUUUGCCACAGG